GCAUCAGGGUCCCGGGCACCCAGGAUCUACAGUGGGGACCAAACACCCCUGAUUGCAGGGAUGUGCUCCCUCCCCAUGGCAAGAUACUACACAAUGAAAGAUGCAGAUCAGAAGGCUCUGUACAUGAGAGACGGCCAGCUCCUGGUGGGAGAUCCUGUUGCAGACAGCUGCUGUGCAGAGAAGAUCUGUGUACUUCCCAACAGAGACCUGGACCGCACCAAGGUCCCCAUCUUCCUGGGGAUCCAGGGCGGGAGUCGCUGCCUGGCAUGUGUGGAGACGAGAGAGGGGCCUUCCCUGCAGCUGGAGGAUGUGAACAUUGAGGACCUCUACAAGGGUGGCGAAGAGACCAAGCGCUUCACUUUCUUCCAGAGCAGCUCGGGCUCCGCCUUCAGGCUUGAGGCAGCUGCCUGGCCUGGCUGGUUCCUCUGUGGCCCAGCUCAGCCCCAGCAGCCAGUACGGCUUGCCAAGGAGAGUGAGCCCUCGGCCUGCACCGAGUUCUACUUUGAACAGAGCCGGUAGGGAGGUGGGAGGCUGAGUUCCAGCCUGGUGCCUCCAGACCGAGCUCAUCCUGCUCAGGGUCUGUGGUAGGCAGAAUAAUGGCCCCAAACAGCCAAAUCCCCAGAACCUAUGCAUAUGUUACCUCAUGGGCAAAAGAGGCUUUGCAAAUGUGAACAUGUUAGGGAUCUUGGGAUGGGGAGACCAUCUGGGCACAUGCUGAGUUUAAGGUGGGCCCAAUGUAAUCACAAGGGUCUAGUCAGAGGGGGGGCAGGAGGGGA